AAUGCGUUGGUAUCUGAAGAAUGCAAUAAAAAUGAAAUAUUGUACAUAUUUACUCAUGUGUAUGUACACUAAGCAUACACACAUACACAUAUGUACCUAGUUAAGAGAUUAGAAUUAAGAAAUGUAUUGUCGAAACAAAUUUAAAUAAUGAAUUUCAGAGUCAAACGUGAACUCUCACAGUACGGAUUAAAAAGAAGUGUUAUUUUGUAUAUACGAUGACCUGUGGAAUACGAGUAUUAUAAUAAUGCGACGAACAAAAGAAAUCAAGUCCCGGCCAAAAUCCUUCAAGCUAUAUGACGAGAAAUAUUUCCGCGACAGAUUUCGGACUACCAAAUAAACAGCCUGGUUUGUGCUUGAUUGUAUUCGACUACAAAUUGAACACAAAACCAAGUGGAAUCAUGCAUUAUCACCAGAACAAAUGUUUUUGCUUACAUUGCGGUUUUAUGCUACGGGAAGUAUGUUAAGGACUGUUCAUAAAGAUAUGAACAUGAAAGUUUUGUAACCUUAAGAUAGAAUUAUAUAUACAAAAUUAUAUUUUUGACACAACUACAUUAAUACAUAAAAAUGUACAUGUAAACAAUAAAUUAAAUAAAAAGUAUAUACAGUCCACUAAAUGUCAAGUGCAAUGGUAAGCAACAAAAUUGUAAUGACUUGCUCAUAAAAAUGUGAAAAUCAUUGCACAUAAAAGAAAACUCAUAAAUUAGCGUAUACAUAAUACUAAUAUUAAAAUACAAAAUAUACAUACUCGAAAUAUUAACGCACACAAGCAACAGAUAAGAAAGUAUCAAGCGUGUGUACGUAUGUGUAUAAGUGCGUUAGAUGCACUAAUCUAAAAAACUAUAAAAUAUCAAUGCGUUGGUAUCUGAAAAAUGCAAUAAAAAUAUAAUACAUAUUUACACAUGUGUAUGCACACUAAGCAUACACACAUAUACAUAUAUACAUAGUUAAGAAAUUAGAAUUAAGAAAUGUAUUGAGGGAAGAAAUUUUAAUAAAGAAAAUCAGAGUCAAAAGUGAACUCUCACAGUACAGACUUAAGCAAAGACUGUUUUUUCUGUACAUUUGGUCCUUCGAUCCUCUUUUUGAAAAAGAAUCGAGCAAGUGCAAGUACUAGAAGCCUCUUAAAAGAAAAAGAGCAUUACUUAGCCAAGUAAAAAUAAAUGUAAGCCGGAAUAGCAAAGACUACCCGCAUUUAUAAAAAUUACUUUUAGUAAAAGUUAAAAAAAAAAUUUUAAAAGCGUCCUUGUGGCUAUAACAACAAGAACAGUGCAAAAAUAUAUAUAUAUAUAUAUACAAAACCAUCUAUAAAGAAGCAAAUAUGAAGAAUGGGAAGAAAUUGGGAAGAAAUUUUAAUAAAGAAAAUCAGAGUCAAAAGUGAACUCUCACAGUACAGACUUAAGCAAAGACUGUUUUUUCUGUACAUUUGGUCCUUCGAUCCUCUUUUUGAAAAAGAAUCGAGCAAGUGCAAGUACUAGAAGCCUCUUAAAAGAAAAAGAGCAUUACUUAGCCAAGUAAAAAUAAAUGUAAGUAAAUGUAAGUAAAAAUAAAUGUAAAGACUACCCGCAUUUAUAAAAAUUACUUUUAGUAAAAGUAAAAAAAAAAAGUUUUUAAAGCGUCCUUGUGGCUAUAACAACAAGAACAGUGCAAAAAAAAAAUAUAUAUAUACAAAACCAUCUAUAAAGAAGCAAAUAUGAAGAAUUUGCUAACACGACAGGACUUGGGAGAUCUAGCUGCGUUGGAGGAGCAGAAAAUCCUGAGCGGAAAAAUAAGAAAGGCUUCAUGUCUGGAAUAUAUGGAUCAUAUUCAGACUGUUAUGAAAGAGUUUACUGCAAAUCAUAAUAAAAUAAUGGCUAAGAAGAGUCAAGAAGCUGAGGAAUACAUUGCGAAGAACUACUUCGAGCAUGUAAUGCAAACAAUGGAGAAUUCUAUUCAGAAUUUAAGAAUUCAAAGUACUGCCGAAGGUGUUUCAGCAGUGAGCAGCAUGUGGCAAAUAGAAUCUACGCCACAAACUAUUCAGGUCGCACCACCUGAAGCCGCGUCUGGCGUUGAAAGAAAAUAUCAACGUCGAGCAAAAAUGCUCAAAAGCACGAUGGAUGAAAUACGAAGAAAUGCAUUGGAUUCUCUCGAGCAAAUGAGAGAAUUCAAAACCAAGCUUCAAAUACAAUUUGAAAAUGUUGAAGAAUCAUAUUUUGACAGCAAAUGGAGAAAGUGCACAAAGCAUGAAGCAGCUGUUAGAUACCACCAAAGAAUGCAUUUAUGCUUUAAAAGGGCUAAAUCUAAAUUUAAAUGACGAACAAGCCAUCAUAGCUCGGAUAGUGGUUCGAAAACUAGACAAAGAAAGUCUACGCUUAUACGAGCAAAACGUAAAAAAAAGUAGGGAUAUACAAAGCCUAGAUGACGUCUUCAGUAUUCUGGAACAGCAAUAUCAAGCUCUAGAAGCAAUACGCGACAGAAAACCAACUAAAUGGAACAAUCAAAAGCAGCCACAGCGAACACCUACAUUUUAUACAGCGGCACAAAAUAAUUGUGUAUACUGCAAGGUUCCUGGGCAUCAAAUUGGUGAAUGCAGAAAGUUUCAGACAUUGACUAUGAUUAAUCGAAAAAGAUUCAUAACAAACAACAAGUUAUGCUACAUUUGCCUUGAUCACGUAUAUGAAGGAAAAUGUAAUAAUAAAAAGAAGUGCAAUAAGUGUGAAAGAAAUCAUCAUAAUUUAUUGCACUUCAAUGAAUUCCAAAAAGGAAAAGGAGGAAGUGAAGAAAAUGUCUCAAAAACAUCUUCCACAAUGCUGACGAAACAUUCGGAAAUGGCGAUACUCCUAGCAACAGCACAGAUAAGGGUGAAGGCAGCAAAUGGAGAGUAUGUGACAUUGCGAGCUCUAAUCGAUCAAGGAUCCCAAAAAACUACUAUUUCCGAAGAAGCAUCUCAAAUACUUCAUUUACCAAGAAGAAGAGAAGUAACUGAACUACAAGGUUUAGGAAAUACCACAGUGGGAGUGUCCAAAUUUAAAAUCAACAUUAAAAUCAAGCCAAGAUUCCUAAGCAACGAGGCGUACAAUGUCGAAGCACUAAUUUUGCCGAAAUUAGCGAGUGCUCAACCAGACAAAACGUUUAAAUGGGAUGUAGAACAAUUGAAAAACUACACUUUAGCUGAUCCCAAUUUCAAUAAAUCAGAUCGAAUCGAUAUUGUCAUUGGAAGUGACAUAUAUGCCGACAUACUAGAAGAAGGUAUAUUUAAAAAGGAUCGAAUACUAGGUCAAGCUACGAAAUUGGGCUGGAUAUUGUCGGGAGUUUUACAACAACCGAGAAAAAACAAUACAAUUUUAGCAGCGGUUACUACAACAUUGGAGAAGUUUUGGGAAAUAGAAGACACUACAACUCCAGCAGAUACAGCAGAUGAUGAUGAAUGCCUAAGAAUUUUUGAAAAAACAACAGUAAGAAAUGGAAAUAAUCGAUUUGUCGUCAAUCUACCUUUUAAACAAGAAAAAGAAUUGGGCGAUUCUCGCAAACAAGCUAUGGCGAGGUUUCUUAAUCUUGAGAAAAGGUUCGCUACAAAUAACGAGUUAAAACAACAAUAUGUGCAAUUUAUGAAAGAAUAUUCAGAAAUGGACCACAUGGAAAAAGCAAGUGAAAAUAAAUGCGGAAAAUACUAUUUGCCACAUCAAGCAGUGAUUCGAGAAGACAGUAGAACGACUAAACUACGAGUUGUUUUCGAUGCGUCUGCAAAAACUACAAAUGGAAGUAGUUUAAAUGACAUCCUCUUUAUAGGACCGAGACUUCAAAGAGAUAUAUUUGACAUUAUAAUCAAAUGGAGACUUUGGCAAUAUGUAUUAACUAGUGAUAUUGAAAAGAUGUUUCGACAAAUUAAAAUAACAGAUAGUGAUCAAGAUUACCAACGUAUAUUGUGGAGAGAAACAAAAGGAGAGCCGAUAGAAGAAUACAAACUACAAACAGUUACAUAUGGGACAGCAUCAGCUCAGGAUAAUUCAUGUGAAGUAGCAGCUUUAAAACAAUUAGAAAAUGAAGCAUGUGAUUUCAAACCUUCUAAAAAUGAAAACGUUUGGAUAAAAUUAUCUUCUCAAAAUCGGUGGCUUUACAAAUUAUUUAGCAAAGCAAUGAUAUAUCUAGAAUGUGAUAAUAAUCAACAAAUGCAUAUGGAAAUCCCUAGUCAAGGCAUUAUGACAAUAAGAGAAGGAUGCACAGUCCGGCAUGAAGGAGUAACUGUAACAGCAUCUCAUCACGUACAAUCUGAAAUUAAAAAAGAAUUGCUAUCCUCUUCUUGGGUUAAAGAUAUUGAAGAUAUUCCAGAACUACAAAUAAAACCUUUUGAUUCAACAUUAAUAAACAAUACCAAAGAUAUCGUACAUCUUAAACAACAAAUAGAACUCCUCGAAACAGAAAUUAUAAAAUUAAAAAGUAUAAAUUUUCAUCACGUAAGUGGUCACGUUUCGCUAACAUUAGUUUUGAUAAUAGCAUUAAUCAUUACUAUUUUAUAUAUAAGAUCCAAAUGUGUAACAAGAACUGUGACUGUUCCAUUUGAACUUCCAGUUAGACAUAAUUAAAAAAUAUUAAUAAUAAAACAUAAUAUACAAGUAAAGUUAAGAUACAACUUUGGCCCCUGGCAGAAUGUUCAUAAAGAUAUGAACAUGAAAGUUUUGUAACCUUAAGAUAGAAUUAUAUAUACAAAAUUAUAUUUUUGACACAACUACAUUAAUACAUAAAAAUAUACAUGUAAACAAUAAAUUAAAUAAAAAGUAUGUACAGUCCACUAAAUGUCAAGUGCAAUGGUAAGCAACAAAAUUGUAACGACUUGCUCAUAAAAAUGUGAAAAUCAUAAAUUAGCGUAUACAUAAUACUAAUAUUAAAAUACAAAAUAUACAUACUCGAAAUAUUAAUGCACACAAGCAACAGAUAAGAAAGUAUCAAGCGUGUGUACGUAUGUGUAUAAGUGCGUUAGAUGCACUAAUCUAAAAAACUAUAAAAUAUCAAUGCGUUGGUAUCUGAAAAAUGCAAUAAAAAUAUAAUACAUAUUUACACAUGUGUAUGCACACUAAGCAUACACACCUAUACAUAUAUACAUAGUUAAGAAAUUAGAAUUAAGAAAUGUAUUGAGGGAAGAAAUUUUAAUAAAGAAAAUCAGAGUCAAAAGUGAACUCUCACAGUACAGACUUAAGAAAAGACUGUUUUUUCUGUACAAGGACAGUAGGAGAUUUAUUUGGAGUAUCUAAAAGUACGGUAUCAAGAGUUAUAACAGUAGUUUCGCACCAUAUGGCCCAAUUAAAAAACCAUCACAUUUAUAUGCCAACAACGAAAAGAGACCUGAAAAAGCCCCAGAGAUACUUUUUUAAAUUAGCUAAAUCACAGAAAUUGAUUGCACUCAUGUGAAAAUAAUUUCUCCAGGUGGGGAAGAUGCAGAGAUAUUUCGUACUAGAAGAGGUAUAUUUUCCAUCAACGUCCAGACGUUAUGUGAUAGUAAUCUCCGCAUCAUAGACAUUGUUUGUAACUCAAUACAGAUUUAUCAUUCCUUACCUCUGGUGGGGGGUAAUGAAAAGACCUUCAUCGAGUGAGAAUUUUUUUUUAUUUAUUUAUUUAUUUAGAAGAGAAAUAAAUAUAAAUAGUUAUUCCACUUAUAUAUAUGUAAAGCACUGGCUGCUAGGGCCUUCGGCUUGAUUAAUAUUUACAGAUUAAGUUAUUACCUUUUUUUACUUACGACUAAAGCAACUUAAAUAUUAGUUUGUACUUCAGUUUCUUAUAUAUUAAAUAUUUAAUUUACAAAUGUGCAUAUAUUUUACAAAGAGAUUAAUGUUAUUGUCAUCUGUCCGAUCGAGUAAGUCAGAUGGUUUGUUGUUACCAAAAAUCAAGACUCUUUGUUGUUGUACGUGUGCGCAGUGAUCGAGGAUAUGAAUAAUUGUGAAAUCUUCCGAACCACAUAAAGAGCAUAUGGGUUUGCUUGUACCAUUCAACAGGUGUCCAUGUGUCGCAAGUGUAUGUCCAAUCCUUAUGCGUGUGUAUGUUUUUAUAUUUUUACAUGUGGUUGUAUUGGAAUAAUGUGGUUUUUGGCCUAAUGGAUUAGCAAGUUUAUAAUAGUGGUUAUAGUGUCUCCAAUCGUUUAGACAGCAGACCGAUAUAUGUUGUUUAACGUAUUUCUUAAUAUCCUUUGUGGUGAAGUAUCCUGACGUAUGCAAAGGUUCUUUGUUUGCUUCUUUCGCUCGUUUGUCAGCCAUUGCGUUUCCUUGAAUUCCUGUGUGUCCAGGUAUCCACAUAAUUUUGAUAAUAUUUUUGUGUUGAAAAAUAAGGUUUUUUAUUUUUGUAAUCAGGUAGGAAUCGUUUGAUUGGUUAAAAAUGGCAUCUAUGGCGGAUUUACUGUCGCUGCAAAUAAUAGCUUUCUUUCCAUUACUAGCGGCAAAACGAACCGCUUCCAAUAUUGCAGCUGUUUCGGCUGUAAAUACCGAGCA